UUACUCAGCCCAAAAUCUGUCAGCGUGAGAUAAGUGUUCUUGUUUUACCUUAGUGGAGAUAAGCCUUUUUUUCUAUUGAGGUCUAUAAGAGUUUCGAAUACCGUAAGGCUUAAUUGAUCGAAUAGAAGUUUCGCAAUGUUUAGUCUGUUAAAAUGUACUGAUAUAAUUGGAUGCACGUGGAAUUCUGACAACUUUGAGAAAAACGACUUGGUUUUGCCUGUUGUUCACACGCGUAUCUGCCCUCUCAUCGGCUAGAAUUGUCCCAGCUGUUCGCGCCUGCCUUCGAUCACUGAGCACAUUUCCAUUGUUUAGAGCGGUCACUCAGCUAUCUUGUCAAUAUAUUACAUUAUCUUCGUUACCAGGCGAACCAGCGGUUGGUAACGGGCUCACUCAGUGUUGGAAAUGCAGCCGCCACUCCCACCAGAUGAAGUCAGGGAGCUGGUGUGUUCCUGUCUUCACAGGGACCCAGUAGCUGCUGACCUGAGAUGCAGCCUGUUUGUUGCUGCUGCUCAGAGCUACAAGAGGGACUCACUGCUCAGACCCUACCCCCCCAGAUACAUCAGAGACACUGACACCAAGGAGUUUGAUGAGCUGCUGUCAGAUGUGAGCAGUUUGCCUGGUGUGAGGGAGCUGGUGAGAUUGAGACCUGGCAAAGCUGACCAUCAUCUGGCCCUCACUCACUGGGUUCUCUUCUCCAAGAGCUUCGCUGUGAAGACACUACAGAAAGACGAGUAUGUCAAGCUCUGUAACCUGACAGAGGCUGAGGGGAUCUCUACGCCGGUCCCGGACUUUCUGUUUGAGCUAGAGUACUGCGACCAGAUGAACGUUAAGUUUGAGAAGACGCGGGCGGGACGUGACCUCUUCUAUGCAUUCCACGGCAGCCGACUGGAGAACUUCCAUUCUAUCAUACACAACGGACUACACUGCCACCUCAACAAGACAUCAUUGUUCGGAGAGGGCACCUACCUCACCAGUGACCUCAGCAUGGCGGUCCUCUACAGUCCCCAUGGCAACGGUUGGCGCGACAGCCUCCUGGGACCGUUGCUAAGCUGUGUCGCCAUGUGUGAGGUCAUUGACCACCCAGACGUCAAGUGCCAGGUAAAGAGGAAAGACUCGGAGACCAUUGACCGGCAGCGAUCCAGAGCCAGGAACAGUGAAGGAGGAGAGGUCCCUCAGAAGUACUUUGUGGUCACCAACAAUCAGCUGCUCCGAGUCAAAUACCUGCUCGUGUACUCUCAGAGAAGACACCUGUCCAGACAUUCCCAGGGCAGGUCGUGGCUGGUCAGACAUCACUUUGCCAUUAUGAUGAGUCUCUACCUACUGCUUCUCAUCUUCAUCGGUACCUUCAACUCCACCACAUUCCUCUCCUUCUGGAACCGGCUCUUCCGGUGACGUCAUGGUGCUUUUCCACUUCAGCCCAAGAUGGUCCAGCCUGAGGCUUCCUAUGGGCUUAAACCCUGGUGUUUUACUAGGGAAAUAGUUUCCUUUCCAACCCUUGGGCUUGACCCUAAGGCACGAGCGUGAAACUCAUUCCACGGAGUGCCGAGUGUCUGCAGGUUUUCGCGCCUCUCUUGUACUUGAUUGAUGAAUUAAGGUCCCUGAUUAGUAAAUAACUCCCCUCAACUGGUUGUCUAGGACUUAAUUGAAAAGAAAAACCAGCAGACACUAGAGCCUCCAUGGAAUGAGUUUGACACCACUACACUUCAAACUUGGGAAGAGCAGUGUGUCAAGUUCAACAACCUGUGAAAGUUCAACAGUUUCUUAUGAGAAGGAAUAGUUAAUCUAGACAUGGACCAUUCUUCUCAUUCAUAGUGCCUUCCCUAACACAGAGACAGACCAGACGGACAGACCUGACGGACAGACAGCACAGGGGACAGACCGGACGGACAGACAGCACAGGGGACCGGACAGCACAGGAGACAAACCGGACGGACGGACAGCACAGGAGACAAACCGGACGGACGGACAGCACAGGAGACAAACCGGACGGACGGACAGCACAGGAGACAAACCGGACGGACGGACAGCACAGGAGACAAACCGGACGGACGGACAGCACAGGAGACAGACCGGACGGACGGCCAGCACAGGAGACAGACCGGACGGACGGACAGCACAGGAGACAGACCGGACGGACGGACAGCACAGGAGACAGACCGGACGUACGGACAGCACAGGGGACAGACUGGACGGACAGCACAGGGGACAGACCGGACGGACAGCACAGGAGACAGACCGGACGGACAGCACAGGCGACGUGGGCAUUUAACACUGUUCCCAUUUCAUGUGUUUUCCAUCCCUUUGUAUGUACAGUAUACAUGGUUAUCACAGCUAUGGUUAUAACACCCUCACAUGCUGACAACAUCGCCCGCGUCUCAUGAGCGAGUGUUGCAAAAAUACGUGUACACAUACAUGUUAUUCAAUCAUUGCAGCCACACUGUUCACGCGUGUCAACGAGCGUCUUGCGAAGACGGCCAGCGCUUUGUGACGCUUGACGUGCUGUGAGUCUCUCCUCUCCCAUCUCCUCAUUGGUUUUUAGGAGCAUAUACUCACAUGGGUGAUUGAAAGUUGAACUGAGGUCCACUAUCCACUCCAGUUGGUGGUGGUAAAUGCACCUUAAAGUUGGUUGCCAACCGCCAUAUUUAUUUUCUAUUUAUUUCACCUUUAUUUAACCAGGUAGGCUAGUUGAGAACAAGUUCUCAUUUACGACACACAACAACACAGAGUUACACAUGGAGUAAAACAAACAUACAGUCAAUAAUACAGUAGAAAAAUAAGUAUAUAUACAAUGUGAGCAAAUGAGGUGCGAUAAGGGAGGUAAAGGCAAAACAAGGCCAUGGUGGCGAAGUAAAAUACAAUAUAGUAAGUUAAACACUGGAAUGGUAGAUUUGUAGUGGAAGAAUGUGCAAAGUAGAAAUAUAAAUAAUGGGGUGCAAAGGAGCAAAAUAAAUAAAUACAGUAGGGGAAGAGGUAGUUGUUUGGGCUAAAUUAUAGAUGUGCUAUGUACAGGUGCAGUAAUCUAAAGUCCGAAGAAGAAGCCUGAAGGAGGAGAGAUUACUAGAAACUAACUAGGUUUCCCCUUCUAUCUGUGGAUUAAUUAUCGGAGUAGAGGACCUUGGGCAUUUCAGGUAAAAUCACAACCCAAGGUUUAUAUCCCAGGACAAGCUAGCUAGCAACAGCAAGCUAGCUAGCCAAAUAGGACAAAUUAGCUAGCAACAGCAAGCAAGCUAGCCAAAUAUGACAAAUUAGCUAGCAACAGCAAGCAAGCUAAAUUGCCAUAUGUUUAAUGCUUUUUGACCUGGGUGGACAAAAUCAACAAGCGCGCGAAUGCGGACGCACGCGGAGCGGUGUGGUCAGCACAUAAGACUGUUUUCACAUGAAGGAAACCAUGCUUUGAGUCAUUUCCUGUUGUUGAAAGUAAACGUUAUCAUAGAGUACUAUGUAAUAUCGCAGAGUAGCCUUUUUAAUCUCUAACAAACAGGUUUUGAGGUCAAUUUCAGUACAUUGAAAUGUCAUAUUUCCUUCAUUAAUAUGUCAUUUAACAGACGCUUUUAUCCAAUGCGACUUAGUCAUGCAUGCAUAUGGUUUACGUAUGGGUUGUCCCGGGAAUCAAACCCACUAUUUUGGCGUAGCAAGCGCAACAGAGGACCAUUGAAAAGCAUUGAAGAGAAUAGGAAUUUCAGUGUACUUCCUAAAAUAACUGGAAUUCAAAUGGAAUUGAACCUAACAAAAAUACAGAGCAUUCGGAAAGUAUUCAGACCCCUUGACUUUUCCCACAUUUUUUAAAUGUUAGAGCCUUAUUCUAAAAUGCAUUACAUUGCCCCCCCCCCCAUUCUACACACACACACACACACACACAAUAACCCAUAAUGACAAAGCAAAAACAGGUUAAUAGAAAUAUUUGCAAAUGUAUAACAUUUGUUAAAGUAUUCAGACCCUUUACUCAGUACUUUGUUGAAGCCUCUGUGGAAGCGAUUACAGUCUUGGCUUCAAUCAGUUGAAUUUACCAGAGGUGGACUCCCAAGUUGUAGAAACAUCUCAAGGAUGGUCAAUGGAAACAGGAUGCACCUGAGCUCAAUUUUGAGUCUCAAAGCAAAGGUUCUGAAUACUUAUGUAAAUAAGGUAUUUCAGUUUUUUUAUUUUGAAUACAUUUGUAAAAAUGUCUAAAAACCCUGUUUUUACUUUGUCUUUAUGGGGUAUUGUGUAGAUUGAUUUAAAAAAUAAAAUAACGUUUUAAUCCAUUUUCGAAUAAGGCUGUAACGUAACAAAAUGUGGAAAAAGUGAAGGGGUCUGAAUACUUUCCGAAUGCACUGUAAACAGUUCAAUUGUGCUCAGUUUAAAAAAAAAUGUUUUUAUUGUUGCACAACUACUUACAUUUUGCGUGCAUCUGCCUUACGCUUAGCGAAUAUAAACUACUGCUAUGAUUGUUGCUUUCAUCAGUAAUCACUGCUAUAUCAGUCUGCAAUAGUGUACUUCUGGGUUGUGUUCAUUAGGGCACACAGUAGCAAAACGUUUCGCAACAGAAACAAAUGUGUUUCUUAUUGGACAAGGAGUCCUGUCAAUGUAGUCCUUGUAUCUGUACAUCUUUGUGGUCAAUGUCUUCGUUGAUCUGUUGUUGUUUUUUUUUACCUCAUGACAAGUGAAGGACUUUCCCUGGUUGUUAUUAAACCAUUUGAGUUGGCUUAUGCUUUGCUGUUGUCCUUUUUAUAAUGAAAAACCACUUGAAUUUGUCAAGAGGAUCCUAAUUCUUGGAAGAGCUGUUAUAUAUUCUUCAUACAAUUAUCAUUUAAUUGUUUUAUUGUUAUAAGAUAUUCCCCAAAACAAUCAUAUCAAAUAAAAUGUGCUUUUGUAUCGCU